AUGGCAAUCCCCAACUUCAUGUCUUCUCUUAUCAUCUGCAUCUUCUUCCUCCUUUUCCUGUCUCAGAAUGUGAACUCACUUGUCUUCAAAUUCCCCGCCUUCGACCCUUCAAGUACCGCCAUAACUUUUCAAGGCGACGCUUCUGCAAGUCAGGGCUUCCUCCAGCUCACAAAGACCAUCAAUGGCGUCCCUCGACCUGACAGCGCUGGCAGAGCCUCAUACCCAUUUCCUGUUCAACUCUGGGACACCAAAACAGGCAAGGUCGCUGCCUUCACCACCACCUUUUCUUUUAUUGUGUCGCCUUCUUCUUCUGGUCUCUUGGGAGAUGGAUUCUCAUUCUUCCUUGCUCCUUUCAAUUCCGACAUUCCUUCCAAUUCAAGCGGUGGCUUCCUCGGACUCUUCAGUGCUCCCACUGCUUUGAACCCCUCCGCUAACAGAAUUCUCGCUGUUGAGUUCGACACUUACGGGAAUCCCUGGGACCCAACAAGCUCUGCUCAUAUAGGAGUUGACAUAAAUUCUAUUGCUUCAGUUAAAACAACGUCUUGGAGUGUUGCGGAGGGCUUAAUGGGAAUCGCAACUAUAAAUUAUAAUCCAAUUGUUGAAGAGUUAAAUGUGUAUGUGAGGUAUCCUGGAAGAAGGAACGCGACCAGUAGUAACCUCAGAGUUUCGGUUGAUCCGAGGACUGUUCUUCCUGAGUGGGUUAGGGUUGGGUUUUCUGGAGCAACUGGACAGCUGGUUGAGAUUCACAGAAUUCUUUCAUGGAUUUUCCUCAGUUCAUUGUUAUCUAUAAAAAAAAAAAACAAGGAAGACGGAAUGAUCUGUCAAAUUUUUUGUUGA